AUGGAUCUUAACGGAGUACCACAGCCUCAGAUGAACUGGGAUUCAACAAAUCUAGUUGAUACUUGGAAAAAAUUCAAACAACACGUGGGACUCAUCCUCGAUGGACCGCUCGCCGAAAAAGACGAGAAGGUAAAAAUUACUUAUCUACUAUUGUGGGUUGGUGAAAAAGGAAGAGAUAUUUAUAACACAUGGCAAUUAAGUGAAGACGAUACAAAGAAACUUUCUGUUCAUUUUGACAAGUUUCUUACAUAUGUUCAACCAAAGCAGAACUCUUUACUUGCAAGGUGUAAAUUUAGAUAUGAAACACAAAGUAGUGACACUGUUGAGCGGCUUAUUACUCGACUGAAGCUCAUUGCUAAAGACUGUAAUUUUAAGGACACUGACGAGAUGAUCAGAGACAGUCUUAUUUUCGGGACAAGUUCGCCUAAAGUGAAGGAGAAACUCUUAAACGAAGGUGACACAUUGACAUUGGAAAAAGCUAUUCAGAUCGCGCAGGCAUUUGAGUAUAGCCAAAGACAAUUAAAGGAGAUGAAAAAUUUAGAACCGUCUACAGUCGUACACGAAUUAAAUCUUCCGAGACACUCGCAGUAUAACAGUGCCUCAUCUAGGAAGAAAUACAAGACGUCUGACCGAACUAGGACGGGUCCAGUCAACCAAGAUCGAGUUAAAGUCGAGCCUCAUCGUUAUUCUUCACAGCAAGGAUGUGGCAAUUGUGGGAGAAGACACUCCAAACACGAAGAAUGUCCGGUGAAGGGAAAGAAGUGCAACAGUUGCCAAAAGUGGAAUCAUUUUGCCCAAGUAUGCAGAUCCAAACAAAGGGUAGACGAAGUAGUGCUAGACACAGAUAGUGACAGUGACCAAGAGUUUUUUUUAUUGAUUGUAUAA